CUUAAGAUCAUAUGGCUGUCAAAUAAAUUAUCGAAAUGGAAAUGUCAAAUCUGUCGUAUUAUUAUCAUGCGGUGAUUGUUAUAAAACUCUUUGGUGUAGUAAAAAUAUAAGUUUUCUAUAAAAAUGUUGGUUUUAGUAAAUUUACGUAAAUUGUGCGGGUUACGAUGUGUGCAAUUUGUGCAUCCCAGCAAAAAUCAAAUGAAAUUAAUGUGCACAAUUAAAGGAAUCACAUUGGAAUAUGAAAAAGAUCCAGAGCCGCUUUUCACAGAUGCCGAAACGCAAAAACUUCUCAAAUCAAUGACACAAUUACAAUUUUCUAAAGUAUUUCGCCAAAGAACGGUAGCCGACAACACACCAACAACAAAGUUUAUGACUACAGAAGAACUCGAACAAGCAUUUAGAGCAUCAUUUAAAAAAGCAGAAAGACUACUUGAAAUGCCUCCAUUGGUUAAAAUCAAAGAAGAUGAACAGAGAAUCAUUUCCAAAGAUCCAGCAUUAAAAGAUUUUUCAGAUUCAAAAUUCGUUAUAAGCGAUGUAACAUAUGGUUUACGACAAUCUGAACGUAAAGUGGUCAUACGUCAAAUAGAUGGUACAUUAGAGUAUGCCCCAAUGGAUGUGGUCAAACGUAUAAAUCAAAUUUACGCGCCAAUGACUGGACGCAGCUUGCAAACGCCAAAAAUGUUUGAAGAUGUGCACCUCAAAAGGUGUUUAGACGAACACAAAUAUGAGUUUGUGCUUGAUCGGCUGCUUAUGCAAUAUGAACCAUAUGAGAAGGAAUUCCAUCGCAUCAGUAGCACAGUCUAUCAACAUAUUAAUGAGAAUAAAGAUUUCGAUGCACUGCGUUCGACAAGGCAUUUUGGCCCUAUGGCCUUUUUCCUAGCGUGGCAUAAAUCCAUUGAUGAUUUGCUCUAUGAUAUGAUACAACGCGAUUAUUUAUAUAAUGGCGUGGAACUCAUCGCGCUAUUGUAUAAAAUGCAUGACAUAUCCAUUGAUUAUAGAGAAACAUUAAAACGAAUCGAGAACUGCAGACCGAAACGUGAUCCAGCUUUAGAGGAAUUACGAAAGGCUUUAAAGACAGAUCAGAGUAAUAUACAAGAAGAAAUAACUACAGCGAUUGGUAAGAGAUCUGAAGAUUUCCAGGUGGAUGAAAUUUGUAUUAAAUUCAUUGACCAAUAUAUACGAGAACAUGCACAGAAAAAGGUCCAACUGGAAUUGGCGCUACAAACGCUCAAAGAGUGCAACGAGGAGAAAAAGCAAUUGUUUGAAGGCCUAAGUAAAGCACAUGGUGUGCAGUGAAGUGAAUUGAAGUGUAUUUUAAAUUGUUAAGCGAAAUAUAAAUUAAUGUU